AUGUUUGCUUCAGCUCAGGAGCUUCCUUUUGCGGCAGUGCUUUCGAAGCAAUACCGUCAUACUUACUGCGCUACGUGUUUUUCCUUGUUAAGGUUAGAAACGUUUGAAUUGAACCUACACACAUACUCAUUCAGCGAGAAGAACUACGAAGUAUUGACUUGUGAUGACUGUUUGGAUGUAUGUUAUUGCUCAUUGAAAUGCCAGCGAAAAGAUUGGAAUUCAGUCCAUCAGGUCAAACCGUUUAGCGCAUUUUCCAAAGAUUUAUUUUCAGUCGGAAUGUGGUAUUCUGCGAUCACAGAAGGAAAGUUAUCAGCUGACGGUAACCAUGCGCCUUUGUAUACGAACGUUGCUACAAAGUCUCAGAAGCUAUGGAACAGAAAGCUUCAACAGAAUAAAGCUUGAUGAUUUAGAAUCGAGUAAGUAAAUAUACCGUAACACGGAACCCUCGCCUUCCAAUUGUCUUUUUUACAUCUUUACCGUUUCUUUAACAGAUUACACUGAUUUUCGAUCCAGUAGUGAGCACAAUCAAUUCAUUUCUGACAUUUUGGCAAUUAUCAGGACAACGGGACAAGGUUAGUCACUUUUUAUAUGCUUACGAGAAUUUUAAAACCGCGCCCGCUGCGCGAGCCGAGCUAAUGCUUGUUUCUCAUAACUGUUGAAGUUCACGUGUUUAUUUCUCAAUUUCUCCGUCACAACUAUUUUCGUUUUAGAAAUGAAGUGGGGACGGACAAACAGAGAAAUAAACAAACAGACAGACAAACCCGUGAAGACUUUUAUAAAUAAGAUAUCACCUUGCACUACUCCUUUAUGAGAGUGACAGACUCAGUUAGACUUUUUUUAAUAUAAAAAAUAUUUUCAAUGUAUCCUGCUACGUCCCCAUGAUGAAGUUGGAUUGAGCGGCUUAAAAGCUCGGAAACGACAAGGAACUACGUAACAAACUUCCCUUUUGCAGAAGUAAUCCCGAGGCAUUUAGACAACGAUAAACUCCUCGCUGUUAUAUGCACAGUAAUGUGCAAUGCAUUCAGCAUCAUUAGCGAAAAAAAGUUGGAGCCUAUUGGUACCGGAUUAUAUUUGGGGCUUGCAAUGCACAACCACUCUUGUGCUUCCACUGCUCACGUCGUCUUUGAACGAAACAAAGCAGUUCUCCGUUCAGCUGAAAAUAACUAUUCUACAUCCGUAUGAGUUUUCGUUUUGAAACACUCAUCGAUUAAAAACUUUAGACGACGAUAUCAUACGUUUCAAGAAUGCUUCCUACAGCGGAACGACGGAAAUCAAUUCGCAAAGUUCACUUUUUGACGUGUAACUGCGAGCUUUGUCUCAAUGAAGAACUCGAUCUCAUAGGUCUUUCUUCUCGAUGCCAAGAGCCCUAUUGUUUCGGUGUUGUAACAAAUUCAAUUUGUGGUAAAUGUGGAGGAAAAUCUUCAAUCGCCCAUGAAGAGGUACACGACACAUUAAAAACGCGUUUUAGCAGUAUUUUCCAGGUCGAAAAGUGCACUUCGAAGCUUAUUUCUAUUCUCGAUAAACUUCACACGGAAGACGUGAACAGUUAUAUGAAUGAUGGAGAUAGGAAAACUGUUUUCGGGAAUGAACCGUCGUAUUCUCCCUGUACAAGAGAGCAGUUUGAUUGGCUCGAGAAGAUCCGAGCCAGGUACAGCGAAGUGCUCGCUGAUUGUAACGUUGGGAUGUUACUGUUGGAUGAACAAAUUGCUUACGUAUUGAGUAGCAUUCCAAGAAACGAUCUGCCCGAGAAUUUUCGAGAAUUGGCUAUCAAAGGGUGUGACCACUUUAUGUAAGUUAUGGAGCGUAAGCUCUGUCCGUGCAGCGGACCCAGGUUCAAAAGUCUUUCGCAAGAUUUGUGCAUAAUAUCUUUCAGUUUCCGUCUAAAACUGGGCUCGCCUGAAGUAACUCGUCGUCUCUACAUCGCUAGCAAGUGUCUGAUCCGUGAUUUCAGCCUUAG